ACAUCUUCUCUUCUCUUACAUCUGAUCUCUCUCUAAUUUGAUCUUAAUUGACACCUUCAUCACUUCUAUAUCCCCUCAUCGAUCUCCAAGGGUUUGGAUAUAUCCAUGGCUUACCUUUCCUCUAACCCUCAACCUCAAUAUCUUUCUUCUUUGGAGGGUUUCCUUCCUUUUUUUUCUGUUUCAAAAACUUUCACUUUCUCCUUGGCCCUUUUCAAUCCGUUUGUUUUUGAGAUGGCUGUGGGAAACCAAGAAAAUACACUGAGUGUUGCUCUUAUUUCCUUCUGCUACCCUUUUUUUCUCAGUUAAUUUGUGCAGUGACUCAUGAUCCAGAGUUUUUUCAUCAUGAUGAUGAUUGUUGAUUGGUCAGUCAUAGUUUGCAGACGCAGCAUCCUCGGGAUUCUCAUGCAAAUGCCAGGUUACAGCUGCAGCUAUCUAUAUGUAUAUGAGAAUCUUGAUGAUGCUGCAUCGGCGAAUACAUGACUUUGUGAUCAUCAACACUUCCCUUUCCGGACUGGUUCUAAAGAACUGGGCUAGCUAUAUGAAGCUUUUUCAGUCCCUCCCAACCUCUCCCUCUCUUUCAUUUGUUCCACUGUGUUUAUUUACAUUAUUUGAUCUUUUAUUUAAUUAAUUAGUUUUGCAGAAAAAUUAACUGGAGAAGCACAUAAUCAUGGGAUUCGGAGAAAUUAAUUAGAGCCAUCCACAUAGCCAGUGGGGAAACUGAGGCUAGUUCACAGUUAACCACGACGGCGCCGGACUACUGAUCACACUUCAAAUUGCAAGGUAUGUAUGAGACUUAAUCGAUCUCACAUCAUAAAGUACAAGAUUAAUUUUGAUAUGGGGUUUACAUGGCUUAAUUUAGAGUCUCUACCCAUCUCAACAAUUAGUUUUAAAGUGUACAUGAUUCUCCCAAGGUUCAUAAUUUUCCAGUCUCAUAAAAUUUUUCUUUCUGCAUAUAUAUUCUUAACUUCGCCUAGCUAGUAAUAUAUACUAUAUAGUCCG